AUGGAUAAUCAAUGCCGUUCCAACCUGUACAGUGGUCGUAAGGACGAAAAAACAGGAUUCGGAGGACGGACGCGAAAGGAGCUCUACGGUUUCUCGCUGGGACCCAGUCGAGGCGACGAUGCGAAUGUAACUGAGGGAGCAGAUUUUAGCAACUGCGAUAUCAUAUGGCGACGAUUUCUACGUUGUACAAGAACCUCAAGGAGCAUAACUGGAAUGGGCACAACGAAAAUUGAAAGUACCAGUGGUAUCUCAGCGCUGGCACUAAUCAAGACAAAUGGUUUCGAACAAAUUGGUUCUCUGAGAAAACGAAGCACAGUCGUCAUGAUGUACUGCCAGAAGGAUCCGUACAGAGAGCAUAGAUGUUUGUUACAGUUGCUGAACCAAAUGACCACUAUGACGGCGGUUACAGAGAUGUCGAAGACAGCUAAUCUCAUGAAACCCUACGCAUGGAAGGUUUUUCAUGGAUCUCCAGUGAUCGAUACCAAUCUUGGCUACAGCUCAAGGAAAUCAGUUAAAACUACGUUUCAACAUGCCGAGAUUCAAAGACAGUCGAACAUGGGCAAUACGAAGUUAAAGCGUGAUCGUUCUUUCCAUGGUGUCCCUUUCAUCGUACGCCCCAUUGAGAACAUAGCGUACAGUCGCAACGCGUUUCAUCCUGGGACUGUGGUGCACGCCGUUCGACAUUGUUCCAUUGGGAUGUAUUAA